CAGAACGUCUCCGCUGAAGCCCAGCAGAACGCCAGCGUGGCCAUCCUGCCCGUGGUGGCCACCAAUGCCACCUGCUCCAUCCGUGUGGCUGCCAUCACCAAGGGGGGAGUGGGACCCUUCAGCAGCCCCGUGGAGGUCUUCAUCCCUGGCAGCGGAUUAAUAAACUCAGCCCCGUCUUCAGCUCCAGCCUUCGGGAACGCGGACUCCUUUAUCAUAGCCCUGGGCUUUAUCUGCGGGACGAUUGCCGUCGGGCUGAUCCUCUGCUUGUCCGUGGUCAUCCAGAAAAGAUGCGUGGAAACAAAAUACGGGAAUGCUUUCAGCGGGACCGACUUGGAGCUGGCAGUGAACUACAGAGCCAAGAAGACCUACUGCCGGAGAGCUGUUGAACUUACGCUGGGCAGCCUGGGCGUCAGCAGCGAGCUCCAGCAGAAGCUGCAGGAUGUUGUUGUGGACAGAAAAGCCCUCAGCCUGGGGAAGGUCCUGGGAGAGGGGGAGUUCGGGUCAGUGAUGGAGGGGCAUCUCAGCCAGCCGGAGGGCAGCCCGCAGAAGGUGGCUGUGAAGACCAUGAAGCUGGAUAACUUUUCCCAAAGGGAGAUAGAAGAGUUCCUCAGCGAAGCGGCAUGCAUGAAGGACUUCGACCAUCCCAAUGUCAUCAAGCUCCUAGGCGUGUGCAUCGAGCUGAGCUCCCAGCAGGUCCCCAAGCCCAUGGUGAUUCUCCCGUUCAUGAAAUACGGCGACCUGCACAGCUUCCUGCUUCGCUCGCGGCUGGAGAUGGCUUCCCAGUUUGUGCCCCUGCAGACGCUGGUGAAGUUCAUGGUCGAUAUCGCCCUGGGGAUGGAGUAUCUGAGCAGUCGGCACUUUCUCCACAGGGAUUUGGCAGCUCGAAACUGCAUGUUACGGGAUGACAUGAUGGUGUGCGUGGCAGACUUUGGUUUGUCGAAGAAGAUUUACAGCGGCGAUUACUACCGUCAGGGCCGAAUAGCAAAAAUGCCGGUGAAGUGGAUCGCCAUCGAGUCCCUGGCUGACCGCGUCUACACCACCAAGAGCGACGUGUGGGCAUUUGGCGUUACCAUGUGGGAGAUAGCGACCCGAGGGAUGACGCCCUACCCAGGAGUGCAGAACCACGAGAUCUACGAGUACCUCUUCCACGGGCAGCGCCUGAAAAAGCCCGAGGACUGCUUGGAUGAGCUGUGA